UGUUUAGGGAAGGACUUUUCCAGUCGGACAUAUUAUACGCGGGCGCAUGACGUGUUUUCCCUUUCACAGUCAAGCAGACUUCUUCAGCCAUGAGUUUAUUUUUGCCCAAAUUAACCUGCAAAAAAGACAUAGAUGAGGCUAUCAAAGGGGUGGCAGAGAAAGUCGUAGUCCUGAGGUUUGGCAGAGACGAUGACUCCGUUUGUCUGCAGCUCGAUGAGAUACUGUCAAAAACCGCUCAUGACUUGAGUAACAUGGCGUCAAUCUACAUCGUCGAUGUGGACAAUUCUCCCAUUUACACAAGAUACUUUGACAUCAGCUACAUCCCCUCCACUGUCUUCUUCUUCAACGGGCAACACAUGAAAGUGGAUUAUGGCUCUCCAGAUCACACCAAGUUUGUUGGCAGCUUCAAGACCAAGCAAGAUUUCAUGGAUCUGAUCGAGGUCAUAUACAGAGGAGCCAUGCGGGGGAAAAUGAUCGUGCAGAGUCCAAUAGAUCCCCAGAAUAUUCCCAAAUAUGACCUCCUUUAUCAUGGGAUCUAGAAUGAACACUUUCUCAGUGUGAUU